AUGGAAUCCGACCAGGUGCGCAUCAGCGCUGAAACGCCGGUCAUCACCGAGAAGAUGACUAUCGCAGCAUAUGCAGAGAACUCAUUAGACGACUACAGUUCAAACCCUAUCGUUGCUGAAGCUUUGACGCCUAAGGAUCACUUUCGUCAGCUAUGGGUAUAUUUGAAGAAAGACAACCAUUCUGUACUAUGGUCGUUGUAUGUUAUGACCCUAGUCUUCGGCUGGGGUUAUGACUAUGAUGAAUAUAUCGUCCCUGACCUAUGGCAAUCACUCUGGAAUGGAGUGAGCACAAUCGGACAAGUUUUCGGCGCGUUUCUUGUUGGUAAAUUCGCGGAUUACACCGGUCGCAAAGCUCCCCUCUGGAUUGCCAUCGUGGUUUCAUUGUCAUCCUCGUUCGCUCAGGUUUUCGCUCCGAAUCUGCCCGUCCUAUUCGUCUCGAAACUUAUGCUCGGCUUCUCGAUUGCAACGCGCCCAUUUUCAGUAACCAAUGUCACCAUUGACAUUGGUUUCCUCCUAGCGACGAUUACUGGUUACGGAGUAUCCAAUAUCCAGAGAGCAUGGAGCUACAAUACUGCAUUUGUCUUAACAUUUCUCGUUCCGGGCCUCUUCGCGACAGUCCUCCCAUUUCUUCCCGAGUCUCCCGUCUGGUAUAUGAAAAGGGGAAGAGAGGAGGAUGCUCGGAAAACAAUCUUCCAACUGUUUGGCCCAACUAUCGAUGUCGAAGAAAGGCUCGUAUGUAUCAGGUCCGAGCUUGAGAUUGAUGCAGGAGAAGUCGAGUCUUCAAGCCAAAUGAGUUGGAAGGCUCCAUUCACUAAACAGCACCGUGCACGAACUCUUGUUGCCGUUCUCGGGCUGCACUCUCAGAAUUUUUCUGGCGGUUACUUCGCUAACACGUACCAGACGUACUACUUCCGACUCGUUGGGCAGACAAAUUCGUUUGCUCUAACGGCAAUUUCAUCUGCUCUGCAACUUCUCGAGAACACUGCGGCCGUCAUGGUCUCUGAUAUCUUGCCUCGCCGAAAGGGUCUAGUCGGUGGUGGCGCUUUGCUUUGCGUCUGGUUCAUCAUCAUUGCUAGCACAUCCAUGGAUUUAUGGCUGGGCCGUCGCACAAGAGAUCGCUCGCAAGCUACUAGGCCCAAGACAGUCGCUUUCACCUUGAUGUGCCAGCAACUGACGGCGAGAUUACCUUCAUCGGUGUUCCCAUAUUUCAUCAACCCCGACGAACUCGAUUGGGGUGGCAAAAUCAUGUUUUUGUUUGUCGCUGCGGAGUUUGUCAUCUUGGCUAUUCUCUUUUUCGUCCAACCAGAGACGAAGAACAGGACUUAUCAGGAGAUCGGCACUUUGUAUGCAAACAACAUACCAGCAAGGGAGUUCAGCCAGCAUCUUGUGGAUGGCGAGAUUGUAAGGAACAAGGUUGUCUAAAGAAGGGAGACGCUGUUCGGCGGCGAUGCUGAGCCUGUCAAUUUGGCAACAAACCUUGGUAAAGUAAUUCGAAUUUGUGUUCAUUAAGUAGUUCUCGUCUGAGAUAUCCUAUCAUUCGAACAAUACAUUUGCCUUGGUCUCCACUUGCACUGGCUCUAUCCUUUUUUGUUCUG